UCCUUCAAUGUUUUGUAAGUCGAGGUUACGGUAAAGACAUAUUACAUACAGAUAUAGUAAACAUGUUUUCUAUUAUACCGAAACAUACCACUCUGUCAUUGUUUAAGCGUAAUAUUUCACAAAAUUUUGUUAACGUAAUAAAUAUAAGAAACAAUCCUUUAUGGUGGAUAUAUAAAGAAUCAAACAUACGAUACUUUUAUUAUAAUACAAAUAUAUCCUCUUUGGAAUACUUUAGAUUCAACAAUGCCGAUGCACGAACAUAUUCAGUGGUUCCGAAUACAUCAUUUAUAUCGAUUAAGGAUGAAAGUCGUGAAUUAAUGGCUGUAUGGCCCGAUAUCGUACGUGAUCUCACGGAUGCUGGUCGUCAUCUUGACAUACCAGAUGUUACCAAAUGGCUAAUGAAGGUAUUGCAAUACAAUGUUCCAUGUGGAGGGAAGAAUAGAGCGUUAACGGUUGUAGAAGCAUACAGAUCAUUAAGUCCUCCCGAUCAAAUAACGGAAGAAAAUCUUCGUUUAACUCGUAUACUAGGCUGGUGCACAGAAUUGUUGCAAGCGUUCUUGCUGAUGGUAGAUGAUAUUCAAGAUCACUCAGAAAUGCGACGAAAUCAACCGUGCUGGUAUCUAUACAAUGACAUUGGAUUAACGGCUAUUAACGACGCUUUAAUGCUGGAAAUGUGUAUAUAUCAGCUCCUUAAGAAACAUUUUAAGACAAAAGAAUGUUAUGUGAAUCUCUUAGAACAAUUUCUAUCCGUUUCUUUAAAAACGGAAAUGGGUCAAUGUCUAGAUUUAUUAUCAACAAAUUUUGGAAAGAAACCGAAUCUAGAUCUAUUUACAAUGGAUAGAUAUAAUUCUAUUGUAAAAUAUAAAACAGGUUACUAUACGUUUGUGUUACCAGCCACUGCUGCUAUGAGUUUCGCUGGUAUAACAGAUCCCGAAAUGUAUAGGCAAGCAAAAACGAUUUUGUUAGAAAUGGGACAUCUUUUUCAAGUAAAAGAUGAUUAUUUAGAUUGUUAUGGUAGUAUAGAAGACAUUGGAAAAACUGGUACAGAUAUAGCAGAGGGAAAAUGUUCAUGGCUUAUUGUUGUAGCUUUACAACGUGCUACACCAGAGCAAAAGAAAAUUUUUGAGGAGUGCUAUGGACAAUCUGAUGUAGAAAAAGUAAAUCGUGUAAAACAACUCUAUCAGGAGCUUGGUAUAUCAAAUACUUAUGCUAUUUACGAAGAAGAAACAUAUAACUUACUACAUACACAUAUACAACAAAUAUCUCGUGGACUUCCACAUGAUCUCUUCUUAAAGUUACUUAACAGAACAUGUCGUAAAAUAGGUCGAAAGGACUAAUUGUAGAAUUAAAAACGACAGAUAUUAAUUAUUAUUAUAAUUUAAGGAAAUACAUAUGUGUUUGUAUUUUCUUCUCUCUGCGACAGAGAUUAAAUAAGGACCAGUAACACUUUACCUUUAAUGAUUAAAUUCUGUCGUAACAAGAUAAGAUCAUAAACAGAGACAAUAAUUUCUUACUACAAAUACAUUGUUGCUGAAGUGCACAAUGUUAAU